AUGGGUAGUGUCCACUCGGCCAGCUCAGUCAAUCAAAUCAAGGACAUUGUGGAACGACUGGAACGGCAAAGGAUUGAUCGAGAAAUCGCUUUGCGUGAUCUUACACAGCGACGACAACGAGCAUAUGAGUUAGCUGUGGAACAAGAGAAGUUGCCAUGGAUUGCAACGGCGGGAAUUGGAGUAUCUGGAUUUCUUAUUGCCAACGCCUACUUGACGAAGAACUACAACUACUUGUCACCGCUUCCAGCGAUCAUGGCCUACAUUGGAUAUAAUACUCAUCUAUGUUAUGGAAACAAAUUGCAAAUGAUUUACAACUCUGGAAUGGACAUAUGGAAAAGCAGAGUCGACGAUUUGACGUUGUUUGCAAUUUCUCCCGAUGAUGUGAAAGCUCGAUCAGCAGAACUGGCCUUAUAUCGAAAAGAAAACGAUGACCUUUUUGCAAAU